AUGGCUCUGUUGGGAUCGCAUUUUGUUCCCUUUCUGGACAACCACUUUGAGCCAGCUUCAGCAAGGAUGGCGAAAGGCUCAAGGUUGUUGUCCGUCCGGACCUUUCUGAAUGUUACUAUCAAACCCCCUCAGCGAACCCAAACUACUGGUGGUGCUAUGCGGAACCUUUUGCUAAAGAACCAGGACCAGGACCAGGACCAGGACCAGGACCAGGACCAGGACCUGGAUCUGGACCUCGACCCGGAGCAGGGCCGCCAGGGCCUGGAAGAGGAUCCGGGGAUAGACCCGGAUUUCCAAGGCCGCCAGGAGGAGGAGGGCCGCCGUCAGGUGGACCACGGCAACCCGGGAGGCCUCAGCCUCCAGGAGAAAAUUCUCCACCGAACGACAGCGCCGACGACAAGCCAACGUUCGCCGAAUCAACCGAACACAACUCACGCCCCAAGUCCAAGUCCUACGGGCAAUCUAUCAAUAAUCCCAUCACUGGUCUCGACAAAGCCGCCUAUGAUUGUUCCUACGCCAGCUCAGUCGACGGCCGUUGGAGCGCCCGACCCGGCUCCUUCAGAAACCAGUUCCUCGCCAUCAUUUACUUCGUCGCCGGCAGUCGCAGCUGCCGCCACCAACCAGCGGGCUGUCACCAUCACUGUUGCGUCUGUUGUAUCCGCCGCCGGGAUUCUGUUUAUUAUUGCUGGAUUUUUGCUGUACCGGCGGUACAAACAGAGACGGCCUCCCUUCUUCCAUCGGGGAAUAACACCCAUCGAUGAUGAGGAAAUAGAGUCGUGGAAGAUCAGCAGAGAGAUUCGAGAUGAGGAGAAGAGUGGCGGUGCUUUCGAGAAGGAGACUGGACUCGAAGGCUCAGGGGCAAGGGAAAAUGGCACUCAUGGGCACGUCAGGGGUGCAGAGUCGACCAGCUCCCUCAAGAAAGUACCCAGUGCCGUGAUCGUCUAUCAGAGCACGCCUGCUCAGCAGUCUCAGCCGUUUUCCUCUGGAGCAGGGAGGCAGUCGGAGGAAUUCUCGCCUCGAUCAGUCCACUCGCCCCUCAGGAUAUCCAAAUACGGUGCGAACGGCAGCGGCGGCAGAGUGAGCAUCGACAGGGAGUACCCACAGACCCCGAUACAAGCCCGGGCACCAAACGCUCGCGAGGGUCUGACAGACGAAUCAGUACCCGGGGAUGAGCCGUAUUUGCCCCAGGCAAGGAGGCAUCCGUCUCGCAUUUCGAAACUUCCGGGCCCCUUGUCUUCAAGCUCCAGAAGUAUGCACAACAGGUCGCGGAGUUCUAGGAGCAGCUUACGUAGCUUUGGGGAACGCUACAGUCAUGAUCAGCCUAGCCCAUAUGGCAGUGGACAAACCUACUCAGAGCAGGAUCUGUCUCCUCGCUGGGCUCGGGCUUCGAGUGAUCUACCACGUGGCGGCGCAUUGCAGCAAACACAAUCAUUGCAACAUAAGCUUCGGCACUCCAAGUCUUCCACUGGUCACCACGGCCAUGCGCGGGGCCACAACCGAGUUCUUCCAAGCUCGGAAACCCCGCCAAGGGUUUCGUUCAGUGACGACUUUUUGAACUCGCCCAGGCCUCUGCUGUUGCGUGAGGACAUUGGUCGGGCCAUUGGUUGA